GGCCGCCCAAGGCCGAUCCUGAGCCCGAGCCAGAACUGAACCGCGGCUGAGCGCGGGCCGCGUCUCCUGGGCGGGCGCACUGGAGCCCGGAGGCUGUUGCUCGGCCCCGGGCGGCCCCCUGACGCCGCCCAAGAAGAUGAAGAAGCGUCGGGAGCUGAACGCGCUCAUUGGCUUGGGCCCCGGGGACGGGCGAGCCCGCCGCAGCCGCCGCAGCCGCCGCCGGGCCUGGAAGAGCGCUGCGGGCCACCGGCUGCUGCGCACCGAGCCACCCGCCUCGGGCUCCGCCUCCAGCUCCGAGGAUGAGGACGACGAUGAUGACGAUGACGACGACGAGGACGAGGAGGAACGCGGCCGGGGCGGCCCUGGGGGCGGCCGCACGCGCUUCGCCAGAGGAGACUGUUUCCGAUGCUGCAAGAUCUGCUACCCCCUCUGCGCAUUCGUCAUUCUGGCCGCGUGUGUGGUGGCUUGUGUGGGCCUGGUGUGGAUGCAGGUGGCCCUCAAGGAGGACCUGGACCUCCUCAAGGAGCAGUUCAGAGUCCGCCCACAGCCUUGGGUGAGGUUGGGUGGGGUGCUGGAUUUCUCCAAACUCAGCCCAAGCAGCCCCAGCAUGGCAGGAAGCAAGUGUCCCAUGAGGGCAGGCAUGUGGCAACAAUGCAUAGGGUCAGUGAUUCUUGAAAAGAGGAUCAGGUUUUCAAAAUGUACUUUUCUGUCUUUUCAGAUUGCUCUGUUGACUUCCACAGUGAACCACCUUAAAACCAACAUCAAAUCAGCUUCAGAUUUAAUUAGCCUGCCUGCCACUGUUGAGGGCCUUCAAAAGAGUGUGGCCUCCAUCGGGAGCACCUUGAACAGUGUCCGCCUUGCUGUGGAGGCUGUACAGAAAACAGUCGAUGAGCACAAGAAAACCAUCGAGACCCUCCAGAAUGACAUGAUCCAGCGCCUCUCAAAGGAGACGAGCGAGAGCAGCACGGCCACUCCAGCACCUUCCAUGGCCCCAGGCCUGGCCCGGAAAAGCCAAAGAGAAACUUUACAGCAGGACGUCCUGCACCUUCAGAGCUCUUUAGAAGAGGUGAACAAUACCCUCAUGGGGUACCAGAGGCAGAAUGACCUUAAGCUUCUGGGGAUGGAUGGGACAGUCAGGAAUCUGACCCAGAGAGUCAACUCGAUAGAAAGCAGCUUGGUGGCUCUGAACAAGUUAGGAAAGAGAGAGAACCUGUCCUUCACCAUGAUGGCUGAUGGAACUACUUCUCUAAAAAGAGACUCUCCUAGGACAGAUGGGGAAGAAGCCCACAUCCAAAAGAAAGAAGACAGCCCAAAUUCCCAGGCCUCCAAGCUGAGGGAGAAGCUACAGCUGAUAAAUGCUCUCACAGGCAAGUCGGAACCCAACAGACCCCCUGAGAACUCAGAGGAAGGGAAAGCACAGAGUGCUGCAUCAAAGCCAUCAGCAUCUCCAAAGUUUUCCCCACGAUCUCUCGGAGCCCAAGUGGAGAAAACUGCCCUUCUGAGACCUGUCUCCAUCCCGGGAAUUUCCAGCCUGGCAGAUCUCCUGGAUUUGUUCCAAAGAGUGGGCCAAGGGCCCGAAGGGAAACUGUCCUACCAGGAUCUUCAGAACCUGCUUGGCCCUGCCGUCCCAUCUGCCCAGAGCAUGGCAGAGUUGGAUAUGGACAGAGACGGGAGCUACUCCUUCCCAGAACUGAGAUUGGCUUUAGGCAUUGAGCGUAUGGAACAGAAUUAGUAUUGGAAACCCAGCACAGGCCUCCUGCUAGCCAGCCAUCGCCCGACAAGUCAGCCCUCCCUCGGCCCAGCAAUCCCCUUCAAAGCUGCGUAGCACCCCCCGGCACCUUUUUAACUCAUUUGGAGAAUCUAUAUAAAGGUUAUUUUUUUAAAGAGGAGAAUAUUUCCUUCUGGUCAGAUGCUCAGCAGGAGCUAGGUGCUUUCAGGGCACCCACAAGAAUGUCGCUUUUAAAACUACCGCCAGUCCAGGGAGCCCUCCUUCCUCUCUAGUCCCUCUUGAGGGGGAUGACCAUGUCUUUAAACUGAGAAAUAUGUACAUAGAGAGAGGAACCCCUAUUUUCUAUUUUACAUAAAUUUGCCUUAAAUUAGCUGCACUUUAUAGAAACCCAGAAAAAUCUUGUCUUUUCUGUCCAAGAGGCCUUUUCCAAGCAUUUGUCAGUAGUUGACAUUGAGCAGGGAAUUAUGUGCAUUGGAGGGAUGGGUGAAAAUGGCUUAGAAUCAGCCAUUCGUGUCCAGACCCUUCUCCAGUGACCCAGGAAGGAGGAAGGAGGACAAGGAAGCUGCUGAAUCCCCCAGGUUUUCUCACUAAGCGAUCACCCUGCCCCCUCACCCAGGUCUAACCAGCAGUCCGAAAAGGCCCCUGGGCCCCCUCCCAACCUUGUUGGAUGCUUUCAGGUUGAUGAGCUUAGCUAAAGCGAUUUCAGGAAAGGAUGGUGUGGAUUCUCUUCCUCUCUCUGAGAUGUUGCCUUCCUCUUCCGGCCCUGCCCGCCCCUUCCCAGACCUGUAGCAGCAGCCAAGCCAGAUCCUCUCCUCCGGCUGAUGGGCUGGACACAGACUCACCCCCACUUGUGGUCUCAGCCUGCUCACCUGGGCCUUCCCUCUGCUGCCAGCUGGUCUCAGAGCCUCCUCCUGGGAGGUUUUUGGGGGCAGCAGAUUCAGAAAGUAAAAUGUCAGAAGUGUCUUGGCAAGACAGGAGAGCAGGAAUUCCCUUGAAUCUUAACAAGUGCAAUAUCGUUUCUUCCCCAGCCCCUCUCGGAGGGGCAGGUGAUGUGUGUCCCGUUCUCUCAGCCUGCCCAUCUGCCGUUCCCAGAAGUGGUCUCUGGUCCCAGAGGAGGAAGCGUCCUUGCUCUCCACUGGCGCCCUUCUUUGGUGAGCGCCCUCUGAAACCUGGUGUGGAGCCCUUGGCAGCCUUGCAGUAAAGCCUCGUCCCUCCUCCCAUAUCUACUCUUCCUUUGGCAUGAUCCUGGACUUAGCUGGUUCACAAUAACCUUCUGUAGGCAUGUGAAGCUCAAUGAGGGAUGAGCAGGCUAAAGACCUUCUCUGCCAGGGUGAGUCGCAUCCGGCUGUCGGCUUCUUUCUCUGCAUCCCCCUCUGGCCAUUGCUAUUGCCCAGGAGGAGUACUUGAUCUGCUCUGAAGUCUUGGCACCCCAUUUCAAAGUAGCCUGAGCCCCCCUUGGGAGCUCGAGACACCCCAUCCUGGCCGUGCCUGUGGCCCUGUUUCAUAUACCUGCCCCUAUCAGUUCUCUAACAACCAAAUAAAAUUCUAGCAAUAAAAUUGAUCACUCCAAGAUCUGUACAUAUUGUACCAUAGGUCUUAUGUCUAUACCUGUGAGUUUGUUUUUGUUUUGUUCUGAGUUUUUGAAAACUUAAUUUCUAUGAAACACUUAAGAGCGCAACGCAGGCUGCCCUUUUUCAUUUCAGAGCAGUAGAUCACGGGUCAGGGGAGAACUCUUGGUUAGCUCUUAGUUUAAAAGCCCGUUUCUUUUAGGAUUUGUCUUAGGUUCUUACUCAGAAGGAAUCCCACAGGGCCAGUCAUAGAGUGAAGUUACCUUCGCUGGCUAAGCCCAGGCAGGGAGGUCCCAAGGCUGAGUCACCAGCCUCAGCCAAGAUGGUGGCUUCCUGCCUCCUGAAGUGCCCCUUCAGCAGAAUGUGGACUAGCAGCACUUCCUAGCAAGCUCCCCUCAGCACCCCAGUUACCACACCUCUUCCAGGCCUAGCAGCAGGCAGUGCCCCACCCCACCCCCCAAGCGAUGGCAUCUUCAGGAGGUGAGGCCGGCUGCUCUUUGAGCUGGGACAAGAGAGGCUUCCAGGCUCUUCUUACAUUUGGCCCUCUCUCCCAACUUUGGCUUAACAGCUCAUGCCACUUCUCACCUUGGUGGCUCCAGACUCUCAACUGGCCAACUAGUUUUCUUGCUUUCAGUUCCCCGAUUCUUGGAGCAGGGUUUGGUCAAGAACUAGGCAUGGGAAGUGAGGCAGGCCAAGCUUGAGAAUGAAGGAGCCAUGGCAGGGAUGGGGGCAAGGGUCCCCUGCUUCAUUGGCUACAGUCCAAUACCAGUAUUCCUGCAUGCUGCCAAGGACCUGAGUCAGGGGUUGUCCUCCUCCACCCUAUCUAAAUCUCUCUCUCCCUCUUCUUCCCCUUCUCCCUCUCUCCCCUUCCCCCCUAUACCCCUACCUUGGCCUGAUUUCCUAUUAGAGCCAGGUCACCCAUGGGUCCCUGAGAGGAGCCUUGCACUAUCUUGUUAACAUGUUCUUGUUUAAAUAAAAGGCAUUUCCAUUUUUCUCCUGA